AUGGUAUUUGUAUCCCUGCGGGCCUGUUUCCACGUUGAGAUGUUCACACCUGGAGUCCCGCCCCAUGGGAGGGAGAGUGAUGUUCAUCUGGUCCAAUCGGAAGCGGACUGUCGGAGCAGACGGGCAACGGGGCGGGAGAGUGAUAGAAACACUGGCGAAUCGGAGGGUGAACGCUGGAGGACCGCAAGAAGCGCGCCCCAGCCAAUCACAGAGGGGGGGGCGGGACGUAUGCGCGGGUGUUUGCCCCUCUCCAAGAUGGCGGAGGUUUGCCGCGGGUUUGGAGGGAGCGGUAAACGCCAAGCACACUGCAGAUGCUGGCGCCCAAGCAACAGACUCGGCCUCAGAAUUAACCUUCCAGGAGUCCUGCACGAGGUCUCCCAAGUCGCUCUGCACCUCUUAAUAUUCGAACCUUCUCCCCGGCUGAAGGGGGCGCUACGGCGGGGCGACUGGUACAAGACGAAGGAGAUCCUGCUGAAGGGGGCGGACUGGAUCCUCGGGGAGGUGAAGACGUCCGGGCUGAGGGGUCUGGGAGGGGCCGGGUUUCCGACCGUCAUGAGGUGGGGCUUCAUGAACAAGCCUUCAGAUGGCAGUCUCUUACUCGGGACCUCAGUGGAUUCACGUCGAUUUUAACUGCGGGGGUCAAUUUGCCAGAAAUGGGCUUUGGUGGAGAUGAGAUCCGGGGCUCCAAGACUCUGCUUGUCCAACCUCCCUCAGCCUGGAGCUGAGACGCUACUGUGUCAGUGUGAGGAGCUCCGACCCACUGUUGCAGUGCACAGGGUGUGGAGGGCAAUAGAAACUUCAAAUAA